CAGAUGGACUCUACAGCUACUGAAAUGUUCUGAAUUAAAUCAGUCUAGAAUGCGAAACCAUAAGUUAAACAAGUGAAAAAAAAAUAAAGAAAGAACGAAAACAAUAAAUAAAUUAGUUCUAGAAAAUAAAUUGUGUAUAUAUGAAUGAAUGAAUUAAAACAGAUUCAUAAACAAUAACAAAUCUUUAUGUACAUUCAUUCAUUAAAGAAAUAUAUAUAUUAAAAAAACAACAAAAACAAUAUAAAGCCGGAAAGCAGAUGUGAUCUUAUACAAGAACAAAUAGGAAUUCCUACAAAAACAAAAACAAUUUUUUAUUAGAAAAAAAAAGUAAAAAAAAGUGCACUGUCGCUCGCCCCUCUACCCCAACACAACUUUUUGAAACAUAAUAAUAAAAAUGCAGCAACAUAAAUUUCAUUUGAUAAUACAUCAACUAUUACUAAAAUGGCUGCUAAUAGCAACAAUUCUAAUGGGCUCGACAAAAGGAGCAAAAAUACUGGGCAUAUUUCCACAUGCCAGUGAAAGUCAUUUCGUAGUUAUGAGAACAUUUAUGAUGGAAUUGGCCAAGAAGGAACACAAUGUUACACUCUACAGUAGUCAUCGUUUAGAUGAUCGUUUAGACAAUCUUAAAGAAAAUAUUAUAGAACCCGAAUUUCCUUUCUGGAAAGAAGUGCAAAAACAGGCGGGCGUUAAGGAUUUACCAGCGCUUAGUGCAAUCAACAAUGACAAAUUGAAUAACCAUUUAGCAGCUGCUGGUCACUCACUAAUGGAUUACUUUUUAUCGAAUGGCAAAAUGCAGGAACUAUUAAAAACACCAGUCGAUGACUUUGACUACGAUAUGAUUAUAGUGGAUCUAUUUUAUUCUGAAGCUCUAUUAGCUUUAGGACAUUAUUUCAGUGUCCCUGUAAUAGGUGUGGUGAAUGCAGAUUUUGCCAAUUAUAUGGAACAGAUACAAGAUGUAAUGAUUCCGUCGGCUUGUUUGCCUUAUGAUUUGAAAAAUUAUGAUAGAAAUUUGGGUUAUUGGCAAAGAUUGGCUAAUAUUAAGUCUUGUCUUGCUCGUAGAGAAAGUUUCGUCUAUGAUCACUAUGGUAGACAGGAAAAAGUUAUUAAAAAACACUUCAAGGCUUCCAUACCCUCAAUAAUGGACCUGCAGUCAAAUCUAGCAUUACUUUUAGUCAACAACUAUUAUCCCUUAGCUACGCCCAAACCUUUAAUUCCUAAUAUUAUACCCGUGGGAGGUUUACACAUUAGAGCUCCCAAAGAAUUGCCCUGGCAUAUUAGACGUUUUCUCGAUGAAGCUCGCUUUGGUGCCAUCUACAUGCAUUUAGGUGAUGAAAAACUUUGUGCUGAUAUACCCAAAGAAAAACUAGAUGUACUUUUCCAUGUCUUGGGUAAAAGACAAGAAUGCAUUUUAUGGACUUGUCAUGAUGUGCAGAAAAUCGAAGGUCUUCCCAAAAAUAUGAUGAUUCAACAUUUAGUACCACAAACUGAUAUUCUAGCUCAUCCUCAUAUACGUUUAUUUAUAAUGAAUGGCGAUAUCAUGGGUUUGCAGGAGAGCAUCAUACGACAUGUGCCAUUGCUAGGCUUGCCACUAUUUGAGAAUGAAAUGGAAAAUAUAAUGCUGGCAGAGAAGUUACAAAUUGGUGUUCGUGUUGAUUAUACAAAUCUCACAGAAUCUUCACUAGACUGGGCUUUGGAAACUAUCUUACACAAGGAAUUUUAUGUUCUUAACAUUAGAGACAUUUCGAAAAUUUUCCGCGAUAGACCUUUAGGUGGUUUAGCCAAUGCCAUAUUUUGGUUAGAUUAUAUUGAUCGCUAUGGCAAUGGUCCCUUAAAGACUCAGGCUCUUGGAAUGCCAUUAAAUGAAUUACAUUUAGCGGAUUUACGAUUUUACAGUUAUCUCAGAUCGUUAGUGGUUCUGGGUGUAUUGAUUGGUUUAUAUUAUGUGGGCAUGUUUUUGUGGAAAAAACGCCAAACAGAUAAAAUGUUCUCUAAACUUAAUUGAAAUUUGUUUUAAAAUUUUCUUUUUACAAAAAAAAAAAAUAAGCUAAUAAAAUAUUUUAAAUAAAAAAUAAAUAGAUAUUAUAAACUGUU